ACAUUGUUUAAAUGUCUGUGAAAUAUGAUUCAUCACUGUCUGACACUACCACAACAUUAGGAUUGGGUGUCUAGCUUUAACCAGAAACGUAAUGAACACGAGUGUUUUUUGACUGUUGCACAGUUCUGUAUGUUCCCAUGAUGAGGACUGAUGAAGUUAGUGAGGGGAGGUUCAGACAGUGCUAAUGGAAAAUGGCCAAGGAGACCAGACAUGUGAUGAGAAAAAUACCAACUUCAUGUGACCCAUGGCUGAGGAGCGGCUCAUAGACGAAGACAAACACCCAUUUGUGUUGUUUUCCUCAGUCAGUGCUGAGCCACUGAGGAAAAUCCUCCUGUCAGUCUGCCUAGAUCGUCCGCCCUCUGGAUGAAGCCAAAGUGGACAGGAUGCAGACUAUUAAGACUGUAGAGACCCAGGUGCCCUUUCUGAAAGAGAGUUUCUUCACCACCACUUUCAAAGGCAGGAGGAAGAGCAGCGUUACCAACCUCCUCCGUAAACAACAGCACUCUCUCCUCAAUCAACAACACCAGCAACCACAAUGCAUUUUAGAGCAUCAGCAGCAACAUCAAGGGCAGCACACUCCGGAGCAUCAGCGACUUGCUCGCUCCAACAGCAGCCCGUUAUGCAAGACAGGCGAGCGUGCAAGAGCAGAUGGGGAUAGAAAGGAGGGGCAAAAGGAGAGGAAGGAUCAGGGAGUGAGUGGAGCUGUGCAGGGUAGGGGGGGAGAGCGAGGAGUGAGUGGUAGCGAGCCCGUGGCUGUCAGUGCCAGUCUCCUCCUCCUUUCAGAAUCAGCGGCACUGGGGGAGGCAGCAUCAUUCUCACAGCUGCCUUCAACUGUGGUGGGCAGACAGCAGGGAUUAGACAGCUCUGAUAGGGCUCUGACCAACAGAGGACCAGUAUCAGUAGCAGCCGAGGAGGAAACCCAGCAUGGCCAGCCUCGACCCCAGCAGUAUGGCCUGUUAGCCAAGGGUGUCCGCCUGCUCAGGAACAUGGGGAACCAGGAAACGAAGCAGAAGAGAGGAGGAAGUGGUGGAGCAGCAGGGGAUGUCUCCUGUGAUGAUGAUGCUGAUGAGAGGGAAGUGGACAAAAAAUCUAAAAAGUCCCACAAUAAGAUAAGUAAAGGAGGAGGAGAACCUAGUGGGAAGAAGAAAUCAAAAUCAGAGUCAAAGGGUUCUGUGUUUUCCAGCAUGAAAAUCAGGAAGAGUUUAUCAAAGGCCAAAGGGUUGUCUAAUGAUGACUUUUUGGAAGCUGGGAGGUCAGCACAAAUGGGCAAAGCAGGACUCAAGCCUGGUGUGGAGGCGAGCCUGUCAGCUGAUGAAGUGGGCAUGCUAUCAGAUGUCGAGGGGGAUCUAUUCCAUUUAACCGCAGACAGUCUCCCAUCUGUGGUGGAUGAGAUUGGCCGAAAAACAAGCUCAGGGUCGGAUGCUGACCUCUACAGUUUUCACUCAGCAGCAGCUGAAAAUGAAGACCUGCUCUCUUACAUCCAGAAGGUUAUAAAAGACCAAUGUGUGGCCGGUGACAGGUUGGAAAUGAUGACUGGCUACUUAUCUGAAGGGUCAACAUCUGAGGGGAACAAAGAGAAGGUAAUGUCUCACCAGCUUUUUAAUCUGGAUGAGGAAGUUUUCUUUCCCCCUGUUGGUAGUGAAUGUGUAGCAAAGGAAGUAAGCGAAGAGUAUAGGAAUUUAGAGAACGAAAGUGACAUACCCAUAUCAAGAAAUUCUUCUGGUCCAGGGUCCCUGAGUGAAAGUGGUCCAACAUCUUCAGGCCCGGACACAGAGAGAAGCAGUGGCAGUCUUCUCCCAAAGAGUAACAGCACGUAUAGCUUCCCUGACACUACAGCCACCAGCACCUCGUAUGAGAGUGCUGAGGAACCCCAGGAUGACCUGGAGAGCCCAUUUCUGCACCCACAGCAGACUCAAGGUAAUCAGGCUGCAGAGAGCAAAAACACAUGUGCCCACUUAGAUCCCGUAAUGGCAGGGGCGGGACCGAUGGGGUCUCAGAAGAGUGCGAGCAGCAUGGACCUGUCUAUGGAGAGGGAGAUGGAAGAGGAAACUGGGAGAGGAGACUUCCUGUCCCUGAAAAGGAGGAAGACUAGUUUGUGUAUUAGUCAGCUAACAGACAGCCCCCCCGUUUCUCAGCCUAAACGCACGACCUCCACCACCUCCCCCUCAACUGUAAAACUCUAUCCUCCAGUCCACCCAUCUUAUGUUAAGACCACCACCAGGCAGCUCACAUCUCCCAUUGGCUCCCCCAUCACCAGCCCCAACGUGCCCAGGAAAACGGAUGCCACCAUUCCUUCAGUAGAAUCUAACAGGGCCCAGGGGUUUAGGAGGCACAAGCAGAGGUCUUGCUCAAUUGCUGGGCCCCUCAGUGAGUCUGCAGACUGGUUCACUGAGCUGGAUAGGCUAAGAGGGAGGCAGGCGGGCGGUGCCAAAUUUCCAGAGCAGAAGACACCAGAGAAGAGUUGGACAGGUGGGACGUACUGGACGCUGGGCUCCAGGAGAACACAUUAUGGACGACAGACCUCCACCAACACAGUACCAUACCUGGAUGUCUUCUCUGGUCGCACUCUGUUGGACUGGCUUUGUACUCAUCGUGGAAAUGGCUCUACAGAAGAGGAAGGGAAGGAUCUGUGUCACCAAAUGUUGGUCCAGGGUCUGCUGCACCCCUUCUGCCACAGCACAGCAGAGCACUAUGAUGACAGCACUGUCUCGGCAGUCUUUAAUGAGGAGCAGCUGUACACCUGGGCAUCUGUAGGCCUGCCAGGGUCUUCUCACCUGUGGGAACUCCAUGGGGGGCGAACCACAGGCAGGGAGCAGAGCUUGAGAACUCCUUUGCAACAAUCAUCAGCCAAGACACCAGGAGCUUUACAGUCUCAGACCGAAUCCAGCAGGUUGAAGUCAGGUCAGUCAUCCUCUGAGGAUGAAAGCUGUCUCAUCCCUCAGCUGGAGAGGACCAUUGAUGACCUGCGGAUUAAGAUUGCUGUGUUGCAGGGCCAGCAGGCCUCCUUGGCAAAGGGCAGCUCGGAUAAAAUGGGAGCUCUGGGCGCUGCCCACCACAAGGCCCCACAGAUGAGAGGAAUAAAAUCUGGAAAGAUGAGCCAGGAGGUGUCUGUCCAGACCUCAUCUGUGGAGGAGGGGUUUACGUUUGACGUGCCUUUCAACAGAGGAUCGGGCAGCGUGUCGUCUUCUGUUUCCUCCUCCAUCCCCAAAUCUACAGAGAGCUUUGUCUGCACGUGCCAGCAGAGGCAACCGAGCGGCAGCCAUCCAGCUCCUCCGCCCCCACCUCCACCUCCCCCUCCCCCUCCGGUCUCUGGAGGUGUACCCCUACCUCCACCACCACCACCUUUACUAGGAGGUGUUGCUCCUCCUCCACCACCACCUCCCCCACCCUUACUUGGACCUGGUCUGCCGCCGCCUCCCCCUCCUCCUCCACCACCAGGUUUUGGACCACCACCUCCACCUCCUCCCCCGCCUGGUUUCGGACCUCCACCCCCACCUCCUCCUGGAAUGGGCCCCCCUCCUCCACCCCCACCCCCUGGCUUUGGGCCACCACCACCACCACCAGGCCCCAUGCCCUCCAUAAUGGUCCAGGAAGCUGCCCCUGCCAAGGCUGUGAUCGAGCCCCCCAAGCCAAUGAAGCCACUCUACUGGACACGCAUACAGCUGAAUGCUAAAAAGCCCAUUGACUCACUGGUGUGGGAGACGAUCGAGGAACCAAAUGUGGACUUUGAAGAAUUUGUGGAACUAUUCUCCAAAAGUGCUGUUAAGGAGAAAAAAAAGCCAAUUUCAGACACUAUCAGCAAGUCCAAGGCCAAGCAGGUGGUGAAGCUCUUGAGUAACAAGCGUUCACAGGCUGUGGGUAUUCUGAUGUCCAGCAUUCAUCUUGAUAUGAAGGACAUCCAGAAUGCCGUCCUAAAUAUGGACAACACUGUCGUUGAUCUGGAGACUCUGCAAGCCCUUUAUGAAAAUAGAGCACAAAAUGAUGAGAUGGAUGGUAUUAAAAAGCAUAUUAAAUCCUCCAAAGACAAGGAGGAUGCCAAGCCACUGGACAAGCCUGAACAGUUUCUAUUCCAGUUAUCCCAAAUCCCCAACUUCUCUGAACGAGUGUUCUGCAUCCUGUUUCAGUCAACUUUCCAUGAAUGUAUCACCUCAAUCCUCCGCAAAAUAGAAAUCCUUCAGAGAGUAUGCAAGACUCUUCAGAAUGGUAAGUGUGUAUUCCAGGUGCUUGGCCUGGUGCUGGCUUUUGGCAACUUCAUGAACGGAGGUAAUCGGUCUCGAGGGCAGGCCGACGGCUUCACCUUGGACAUUCUGCCAAAACUGAAGGACGUUAAGAGCAGUGAUAACUCCCGGAGUCUUUUGUCCUACAUUGUUGCUUACUAUUUAAGGCACUUUGAUGAGGAUGCUGGCAGAGAGACGUGUGUCUACUCACUGCCUGAGCCCCAGGACCUUUUCCAGGCCUCCCAGAUGAAGUUUGAGGACUUCCAAAGAGAUCUGCGCAAGCUGAAGAAAGACCUCAAUGUAUGCUCGGCUGAGACGGAGAAGGUUUGCAAGUUGUCCUCUGAAGAGAACGUGCAACCCUUUAAGGACAAGAUGGAGGAAUUUCUUAGCCAAGCCAAGACAGAACUGGAAACGCAAGAGAAGCAGUUGGCAGACACUCAGAAGAUCUUCUUGGAGUUGAGCAUGUCCUUCUCAGUUAAACCCAAGGCGGGAGAGAAAGAGGUCUCUCCCAACACUUUCUUCUCCAUUUGGCAUGAGUUUUCUACAGAUUUCAAAGACCAGUGGAAGAAGCAGAAUAAGCUGAUGUUACAGGAACGGGUCAAAAUGGCUGAAGAGUGCUUCAAACAAGCCAAGGAAAAGGCUUCCUACAAUGUGAAACCCAAACAUGCAACUGGAAUAAAAGCAAAGCUGGGUCAGAAGAUCUGAGGCAGAGAAUGGAAAAUUAUCAUCACCCAGCCUAUUGCACAAGCAACGUUUGUACAAUCUAACAUCUCAUCAUGACUCAUCAGUCAAUUUUACAUUUAUUUGCUUCCGGUAUAUGUUUUCAAUUGAUUUAGACCUGAUGUUUUUUGUGAGUUAGUUCAAAGUGGAUAUUAUAUUGUUUAAAAGUGAAAUGAAAAAUUACAUUUUCAGCUACCCAUUCAUACCACUCGUAUAAUUAAAUGAAAUAUUUCUACCAAAAGACAUCCUUAAGCUGAGAUGAUUAAAUGUAAUUGAGUAAUUUGCCAGAAAAUGCUCAGUGCUGGCUGAAAUUUGUAGCAACACUAUAUCCAAGCUUUCUCAGUUUUCUUUAAGCCAUAUGUAGCCUAUUUUCUUAUUUUUACUACAAUUCCCAAGCCUAGUUCAUGGGUAGGAAUAAACACUUCCUCUUUAUGUCUCCCUAAUGGUGAAAAGCACAGAAUUUUUCAGAACACUUCUACAUCGUAGGUAUGGAUCACCUGCCAGACAGAAAGUGCCUUAUUGCACAGUGGAGGGGUUAAAUGAGACAUAUCAUCUGAAAUUAAAUGUUACAUAUAAAGAAGAGAAAUCGGUUUUACAUAGGCUGAAAAAUGCCAAAUUUACUUAAGCAAGUUUGUUUUUAGAACCUAAUCAUAAUUAUACAUGUGUUUUACAUACAGCAGCUCCUCUACUGUGGUUUGUUAUGGCUUUUUAUCCAGAGAGGCUAUGCAUACUGUACCUGUGAUCUGAUAUAGACCUGCUAUUGUUUUUAUUAUGCAGUAUCGUGAACUUGCUUUAUGUUUUAAGCAAAUUCUUACACAGUUUUGCCUUUCCUACUAUGUAAGUGUGAACUCCCAUACGGAUAUGGAGCAAUAGGACCAUGUGACAUUCAUGUGCAAUACCAACAAGUUUUGAUUGAAUACCCGUGACCAUGAAAAAAUAUAUUUAUUGAAUAAAAGAAAUGACAAUUUUUU